UGUGGGCGGCGUGCGUGUGCCUCUGUGCUUGUUCGUACUAAUAAGGCAGCAGCCCACACAGUGUCUCGCUGCAUGUCACACAGGCGCCCAUGAUGCCCAAGUCGAUCAAUUCCUACCGCAGCGUCGAGUCCUUUGACCACGACGACGACCAUGACGACGCCAUCACGCAGCAGGAGCGCGACGACACUAUCAGCAGCCAGACACCCACAUCGCCGACAGCCACCUUCCGCCCAGCGCGCUCUCUGCGGGCCUCGGACUACGACCUCGCGCGAUCCAGAGACAACCUCACGGAGCGCACCAGCCUGCUGGGGCACCGCCAUGGCCAGCUCGAUCGCUCGUACAUGAGCGUGCCGGCGAGCAUGCCCGGCACGCCGCGGCCAGGCACCAAGCGACACAACAGCCAGCUGCCGACCAGCUCGCGCAUGCGGCAUAGUAGACCGGGCUCCUUUAGCCACCCCUUUAGCCAGUCCUUCAGCCAACGUCUGGUGAACGCGCUGGGUGAGCGGGGGGCGGCCCUCGAGGAGAGCAUGCACUCGGCCAAGGCGUCGCUGUGGCAGGACAACCGCGUGUGGUACGACCAGUUCACGUCGACGGACUGGGUGCACGAUAACAUCGCCGACGCCUACCGUGUGAAGGCGCUCCGCAGCCGCAAGGAUCUCCGCGGCCGUCUGGCGGCGUGGUUUGACGGCGCCCAGGGCUGGGUGCUGGUGGCUCUCAUUGGCUUGCUCACUGCCAUCUGUGCCUACUUUGUCAACACGACCGAGACGGCGCUGUUCGACCUCAAAUCUGGCUACUGUACGACGCGGUGGAACAAGAGCCGCAAGGCUUGCUGUAGUGGCGCGACCAUGUGUGAUGAAUGGGUCCACUGGUCACAGGCAAUCCGCACCGACAGGGUGGAAGAUGUCCAUAUACAGUAUGCCUGCUUCAUCCUCUCCGUCAUCGUCCUCUCCAUGGCCUCAUGCCUCUUGACUCUGACCACCAAGACGGUCAUCCCCUCGACUAUUUCACUCGCCACGCUGGAUGAGAACCUGGCUGCAGAGGUGCGAAGGCACUCCGACAGCGACGAGGAUGACCGGAAACGCAGCAUCAGUCCUGAGUCGAGGUACCAAGAGGCCCAGCUGCGACCACCCAUGGUCUACUAUUCCGCUGCUGGCAGUGGUGUAGCUGAAGUAAAAGUCAUCUUGAGCGGCUUCGUCCUACACGGAUACCUCGGACUGCGCACGUUGAUCAUCAAGACCUUCGCCCUCAUCUUGAGCGUGGCAUCUGGCCUCAGUCUCGGUAAAGAAGGCCCCUAUGUCCACAUUGCGACGUGCAUCGGGAACAUUGCCUGUCGUAUCUUUUCCAAGUACCGAAACAACGACGGCAAGCGCAGAGAGAUGCUGAGCGCUAGCGCUGCUAGUGGUGUUGCCGUCGCCUUCGGUGCUCCCAUUGGCGGAGUGCUGUUUAGCUUGGAAGAAGUCAGCUACUACUUUCCAUCCAAGACGUUGUUCAGGACCUUCUUUUGCUGCAUUGCGGCUGCGUUGACCCUCAAGUUCCUGGAUCCCUACGGCACCAAGAAGAUUGUGCUAUUCGAAGUUCGAUACCAUCUAGAUUGGAAGUUCUUUGAAUUAGUCACAUUCAUCUUCACAGGUGCUGUUGGCGGUGUCCUGGGCGCCCUCUUCAUCAAGGCAUCUCGCAUAUGGGCACGCACCUUUCGCCGCAUACGUGUGAUCAAGAAAUAUCCGCUGCUUGAAGUCUUCCUCGUUGCACUAGUUACUGGCCUCGUCAGCUUCUGGAACCGAUACACCAAACUUCCAGUCACCGAACUUCUCUUUGAGCUGGCAAGUCCAUGCGACACGUACACAUCAUCAGGCGAUGGCUUGUGUCCAACGCGUGAGCACAUUCCCAGUGUGUUAUGGGUAUUGUUCGUUGCAUUCGUGAUCAAAGCCAGUCUAACUAUCGUCACUUUCGGAAUCAAGGUACCAGCUGGCAUUUACGUGCCGUCCAUGGUUGUCGGUGGUCUUGCCGGACGCUUCAUCGGUCACGUCGUCCAGCUCUUCGCACUCCGCUACCACAACCUCGGCCUAUUCGGAGGCUGCACUCCUGACGGUCCCCCAGGAUCCUGCGUCGUCCCUGGUGUCUACGCCAUGGUCGCAGCCGGCGCAACCAUGACGGGCGUCACUCGCCUAACCAUCACCCUAGCCGUCAUCCUCUUCGAGCUCACAGGCAGUCUAGACCACGUCCUGCCCUUCUCCCUCGGCAUCCUCGUCUCCAAAUGGGUCGCCGACGCCAUCGAACCCCUCAGCAUCUACGACCUCCUAACAGACAUGAAUUCCUACCCCUUCCUCGACAACAAAGUCCGCCCCAUCUUCACCUCCGAGCUCGGCGACAUCACCCCCCGCGUCCGCCUAGACCGCCUCAUCGACAUCUCCAGCGAAUCCCUCGUCGCAGCUCCCGAGUUGCGCGAGAAACAGCGCUCACUCCAAAUGGCAGGUGAACUCGACGGCGGCCUGCCCAUCGUCAAACACGGCGUCCUCGUCGGCCUCAUCCCCGCGCCUGACCUCGAAUUCGCCCUCGAUAAACUCGAUAACGAGGAAAACACGCUUUGCCUCAUGUCGCCUCAGGUGGAUUGGGCUGCGGGUCGCGAACCGCAUAACGAGCACGACGAGGGCGCGAGGGACUACGAUCCCAGCGAUUUCACCCCGUAUAUCGAUCCGGCGCCCGUCGCGCUCGAUGUGCAUUCCCCCAUGGACCUUGUCUAUGAGUGCUUCGUCAAACUCGGGCUGCGGUAUAUCUGCGUCCUGAGAGACGGGCAGUACGCUGGUUUGGUGCAUAAGAAAUCCUUCGUCAAGUACAUGAAGGAACUUGAGCACAACGAGAAGAAGGCGCAUAUUAUUUGAGUCCGUGGUUUUUCUUUCCGUCGACUUUGCUUCAUUCGUUCAGCGGCAUCAUGCCUGGCGUUUUUUCUUUCGUGGGAUUUGGGGUUCUUGCGAGUUUGUAAGUUGGGGGCUUUCUUUACGCCAUGUUCGGGGUUUUUGCAUAUAUGGCUUGUGCAGAGGGCGUUUUGUAGUUUAG